CCAUGGCAGAAACAGAAAUAGACUCAACAGUGAAAAGACUUGAAAAGCUAGAAUCUUCGACUGUUAAAUCAGCUGAUGAGGAGACAUAUGCACAACAUGGAGAUGACAUCAAAGUUACAUACUAUCUCAGGGAUAUUAAACGUAAAAUGGUAGACGAAUGGAAACAGAAGUUCAGAAAAUAUGAAGAUAGGGUCAAGGCUACAGAGGGUGAUAUAUUUGCUGGUACUCCUGAAGUAGAUGCUGUUGUGUCUCCAGCAAAUGCCUUUGGAUUUAUGGAUGGUGGAAUAGAUCGAGUAUUUUCAGAGCUGUUUGGAUGGCAAAUGCAAGAACGGAUACAGAAAGUAAUCAGGGAUCAAUAUGAUGGAGAAAACUUUGUGGGAAAUGCAAUCAUUAUCCCAGCCCAUGACAAAGACCCAGACAAAGAACACAUUCAGAAGUUAAAGACCAAUAAUAUAAGUAAUGGUAAACCAAUCAAAUACCUCAUACACGUCCCGACUAUGAGAGUACCAAAAGAUGUCAUAAACUCAACUAAUGCUUAUCUGUCUUUUAGAGGAGUCAUUUUGGCAGUACAGAAACACAACAGAAACCCAGAAAAUCAGCCAAUCAGAAGGGUUCUUUGUCCUGGUCUUGGGACUGCUGUUGGUAGAAUGCCGUUUAACAGAUGUGCUUUUCAGAUGCUUCAAGCUUUUGAAAUAUUUGACUUAAGACUGAAUGACAAACUAAUGAAACCAGACAAAUUAUGGGAUGUAAGAGCACAUGAUAAAAUGAUGCAAGAGUACGACGAUUGAAUAUACAUCCCAACUGAAUGAAGAUGAGAAAACUUUGUUCCAGCUGAUUGGGAAAAACUAAUCUGAACCAGAAGACAUCUUGAUACAGACCAUUUAUUUAUUAGAUUGAUAUGCUAAUGGAGACCAAAUCAAACGUUUUUGUUUAGAUUUAAGCCAGAUAAACACUUCAAAUAUAAAUGUUGAAAUAAGUUGAAUCUUAACAUCCCAUACAAUUUAGAAGUACUAAAUGACAAGACAGCUAUCACUAGUUCACUGCCACAAAGUUACCAGGGACCUUAUAAAUGAUCAAACUAUAAAAUUAAAUGUUUUUU